GUUAGCCCUGUCGGCAACUUCAUUUGGAAUCAUUGUCCACUGCCAACACAAGUGACAGCAAAGUUAGCCUUGAAGAGUAUACUUUAAAUGUUUCACGAUGGGGGGUAAAAAUAAACAACGAACUAAAGGAAAUGUUCGGGUAAGUAACUACAAGUUAACCUACACCAUUAAAGAGAGAAUAGUGGCAACAAAACCGAGCGUAAACUUCGGGUUUAAAGCUAACGCUGCAUGUGACUGUUGUCCAUCUGCUUCAUAACCAAUCGUUUCCGUCCGGCUAACUGCGAUACUUGUUUGUUUCCUUUGUCAUCUGAAUGGUUUUCUUGCUUCUAGCCGUCGAGUAGUGGCCGAGCCGCUGAGGUGCUUACCCGGGAGGGUGGUGUCAUUCCUGGCUUCGUGGGUUUUGACACAGCGCUGACUUCAGAGCUGAGUUACGUCCCUGCCGUCCACGGAGCAGAGGAGAUCGAUAACCUGGUGGACGCUGACUUCCGCUUGGUGCUCAGGAAACUCUCCAAGAGGGAUGUUGUCACCAGACUUAAAGUGAGUCCAAGACACUGUCUUAUCUUCUGUACAGACCCAACCCCACACUAGGAAGCUAAUCCGCCACGAAAUAACUCUUUGAAAGGAUAUUCCGGCGGCUUACAGACUACAGCGGGGUGACGCAGCUCAAGGAAGAACAUUUAUGAUCAUUACUUUAUCAUUUCCUUGAAAUAAUAAUCAUCAUAAUAAUCAUUUUGCACUGCAGACGCGGUAGUUCUUCUGCCUUAGCGUCUCAGUCUGAUUGCAUUACCAUGAAGAAAGAUCAUAAAUGUUCUUCCUUGAGCUGUGUCACCCCGCUGUGGUCCGUAAUGGACUGGCCCAAGGUCUCGCAACAAACAAGUGGCUGCUGGAAGAGAGUAGGUGAGUUGUGUUUAGUCUCUUAGCUAAAGAAAUUAGGCAAAGCUAAAAAGAUGUUUGGUGGCUAGUACUAUGGCUAGGACCCUGUAUUUCUUGUUGAUGAGGUUAGGUGCUGUUCUGAGCAUUAUUCGUGGCUAUAGAGUGGCGUUUUGGUUGAGGUUUGUUUAUGGCUCCUCAGAUCGCUGUGUAUUGCUAUCGUGCGGUCGUUACUAAAGUUGGUAUAACUAGAGAAGCAAGCAGUCGGCAACAUUCAUCUCUCGAGGGGGUGUCUAACUCGGUGUUACGGUGUGUUUGACCCUAACUUAAUUUUACGCCGGAAUAUCCCUUUAGAUAGGUACUCCACUACUGUUUAUGUUACCUAGUUUAACUGAGUGUGAUUUGGCUGUGUGUGUUUGCCUAAUGCUCUGAAUUCUUCUCAGGCUGUGCAGGACUUUGGGUCCAUGUGUCAAGAACGGGACGCUGAAGAGGUGAAGGGGGUCCUGCCAUACUGGCCGAGGAUCUACUGCAAGAUAGCAGUGGUGAGCUGUUCAUUCACCAGACAUUUAUGACAGUAGUGAAUCUUUAUUUGGUUAAUUUUAUACUUAUGAAGUUGUCCUGUUUUGAUCAAUCAAAAACAAUAUUUCUGAUCAACAGAGGCCCUUGAACUACAGCUGAGUAAAAAUGGACAUUUCAGUGUCAUUGAGUGCAGAUGUUUGCUGUGUCUACAUUUUGUCUAUGAUUAUGUCCAUACAGGAUCACGAUCGCAGGAUCAGGGAGGCCACCCAGCAGGCCUUUGAGCAGCUGGUGCUGAAAGUGCGCCGCAGUUUGGCCCCCUUUCUAAAGAGCUUGAUGGGCCACUGGAUUCUGUCCCAGUGUGACCCUUACACACCUGCAGCCUCUGCUGCCUGCCAGGCCUUUCAGGCUGCUUUCUCUCCCGCUAAACAACCCGAGGCUCUCAGCUUCUGCAAGGAUGAAAUCCUUAAUGUGAGUAAUAAGGGUGUGAAUCAGAGAGGACAAGGCAUAGUCUAAAGAGCUGAACUUGAAGUGAAAUUGAUUUUUGCAUUGCAGGUACUUCAAGAUGUUUUGUUAAAGGAAACGGCUGACACACUGAGUGAUCCGCAGUAAGUUAGGAGGAUCUGUCCGUUCCUCUUAUAAUGUGAAUACAGCUUUUCUUAGAGAGAUGGGCUGAGACACCAGAUCUUUUCUGUAUUUCAGAAGUGUGACGGCUGAAGAGAGGGAAACCAAAUAUGUGCGCAUGCUGACCAGUUCUUUGUUGGGCGUGAAGAGACUGCUUUCUUUGCUGCUCCCCGAUGACAGGACGGCUCUUGAGGAAAGAUUAGCAAAUCUUGUCAGUUCUGGAAAGUUCUGGAAGUACAGCAAACACAAGACACCGCAGGUACUGGAAUAUGACUAUUUUUUAAGUUAUCAUGGACAAGUACUUUUUUCUUUUCUCUUGUUUUAACCUGUUAUACAAGAACAAACAUACAGCACAGAGGAGUUUGGGUUACAUGAGAGCUUUAUGUCAUCAAAUCUGUAGUGAGAAAAACAAACUUUAACAUCUCUGUAACUUCAACAUCUCUAGGCGGCUCUCUGUGUAACUCACUUCUGGUUUUAUCUAAAUUAUAUUUUCUGAUCUUGUCUCUGUGGCUUAUUUUACCUGCAACACAUAAAAUAAUCUUAUUUCAAGAAUACUCUUCAAAUAUAUCGAUCCACAGGUGCGGGGGGCCUUUUUCGAGAUGGUGUGCGCUCUAUGCGAGUUCACCCCAGGACUGGUUCAGGCUGAAGCAGCACGACUCUGCCCUGCUGUUCUCCUCAGUAUUGAUGACACAGAUCCUGUUGUGCUGCCUCCUGUGUGGGAAGCUGUCCUCCAUGUCGUUUCUAUGAUUCCUGUAAGCUUGUUUGUUAAGGAUAAUCUCACAGAUACAGAUUUGACUAAUGAUGUGUAAAUAUGCUGCUACUCUUUAUAUUUUUAAGUGGCCUUUGUAGGUAGUGAAAGCAGUUGCUGUGAAAUUUGUACAAAUGUCACCAUCUCUUGAAUGAUCCCGUUCCUAUUUCAGGAUUGUUGGACACAUGUGAGUGCCAAGAAGGGCUUCUUGCCGAAACUUUGGACUCUCCUCAAGGAAGGGGGUAAAGGCAUGGCUAAAGCCCUCCACCCAAACCUAAUGCCGUUCCUCAGCAAGCUGCCCCAAGAAGUCACUGAUCCAACCCUGGACUUCUACACCACCUUCUUUAGUUCAGUCAUGCAAGGGUAAAGUUUGUUUUUUGAUAUUUAAAAUUUUUAGGGAUUUAAAUGCAGUUUUUAGUCGAGUUUGACAGAAUUAAUGGUUGCUUUUUUUCACCUUUGACAACUUUCUCUCAAAGAAUUAGUGCAACAGUGCUUUAAUUGCUCUUGUUUUUAUCUACGAAUCCUGUAUCAUUUUAUGACUAUAAGUGUUUAUGUAUUUCAGUCUGUCCAGUGAGCGUGCAGCCACGAGCCCAUCAGAAAGUGCGGUUAUAGUGACCUCGUUUGUUGAGUGCCUGAGGUAUUGCAUCAUGCACAAUACAGGAGAAGAAGCUGAACCCAAAAAAUUACGAAACAUGCUCAUUUCGCUGCAGGUAGGACAACAAAACAACAAUUUCUUGUCCCUGUCUAUGUCAAAUCUCUUUAAAGUUUCUACCCUUCUGACAUUGAUUUUUUUGUCUUUUUCGUAGCUCCUCCCACUGCUCGAAAAGGCUCUCGGUAACCCCUCCCUUCAGACGGGUCCUCUUUUCCUGGUUGUCACAGGAAUGCUGGUUUCCUGGGAGAAGAGAGCAGGUUUACUCGGGGAGGAUGAAACAAAUGACACCAAGGAUGUCUUCAAAGGGCUCCUCGAAGACUUCUGGGAGGGUCUGUGUCAGAUGUUGGUGCGUCACGUGGACAGUGAGGAAGCAGAUCCACAAGCAUUGGAAGGGGUAGCUACUUUGCUGCAGGUGAGCUCGUUUUGAAGAGUUUUGGUUCAGAAUCGUCAUUUAGUGAACAAAACAGCUGCUCAAUAUGGCCGCCACAGCUGUUCUUGUCUUAAAAGGCAGCUAAAGUGAAACAACAACAAAAACUAAUGCCAAAAUAAAUCUAAUUUCAAUUCCUUUUCUCUCUCCAGGUGAUGCGUAACCCUGACAAAGCGAAAAGAAAGCACGCCCAGAAGAAGAAAUCUGUCAAGAUCAGUUUCUCGAAGCCAGAUGACAACGAGAAAACUGGAGUGGACGGGGAGACUGCGGAGAAGCCUAUGCUGACAGACUCUGAGCUUGUGAAUGAGAGGAUCUGCUCCCCACAGACCCAGCAUUUUGAGGAUGUAGUGUGCCAGCUGGCCCAGUUGUGCCUGGUGCAUGUCAAUGAGAAAAAGUCUGAAAAACAUCUUGUUUUUCUCUCCCUCCUCCUGCGGUCUUUCCACACUCCCAGAGUCUUCAGCGUAAGUAAUGUUUGAUGAUUACAUAUAAAAAAUGUCUUUGACAAUCAGUCAUUUUUUAUCUUGUUUUUUUCAGGAGUCCUUUGAGUGUAGUUUCUCUGUGUAAGAGCCAGAUCUGUGAAAAAUAUGUAGAGGAGACAGGGCCGGAGUUUUGUGCUACACUUGGAAAGAAUUUCCCUUCCAGUCACUUUUGAUCGUUGCGAGCCUCCUCUGAGUUUAAUUAGUCUUUGUAAUAGAAAAAUCUGCUCCACUUUAGGGGAGUACUUGUGUUGAAAAAGUUUUGUCGUUAAUUUAUGAAUCAUGGACUUGGACAUGCAGAAUAACACCGCUUACACUUUCUUGAUGAACUUACAUUUCUCUUGAACUUUGCCUGUUUCAGACAUUGGUCGAACUUGACGAUAGAAUAAAAGAAGCCGAGCAGCGUGACGAUGUGAGUGUGAAAAAUCCAGCGGCGCAGUUCUUGCUAGAGCAGGUGGUGAUGUGGCUGGCUGAGAAAGGACGCAGGGACACUGAGCACCUGGUGGAGAUGGUCUUCAGCUCUUUUCACUGCUGCAGCUCACAGGAGACCACCCGCAUGCUUAACCACAUCACCAUGGUAACUUCAGUUGUUUGAUCCAGUUAGAUUUUUCUGUAACGUGCAGCAGAAUGAUCCUUUUUACUGUCGCAGAUUAAACUCUUUGUUAUGCUGCUUUUUCUUUUUCUUACAUUCAUGAUCUUAACUUUCCUUUGCAGAUGGAUUUACAGUGGGGGAUCAUCCUACAAAUCAUACAGAGGGUUUGUAUCCUUGUGUUCACUUCAAAAUCAAAGACUUUAAUGAACCUACACGAGACUCUGUGUGUGUUAACUGUCCAUACAUCAAAUUUCAAGUGUUGUAAACUUCUGCACUGCUUACUUUCCUCUCAGGCAUGCGCUGACCCUGAGACUCUUCAGAGCUGUAGAGAUUGGCUGAAAGGUUCAGUUCUGGGCGAGCGGCUCCUGGGAUUGACCGGGGAGCUCUGCAAGGUUGGAAGCAACUCUUCCAGCUCUGCCUCUUCUGCGAGCAGCCACAGUUGGAUGCUUAUCAGUCUGGUGCUAUCACAGCACCACAACAACGGUAAACAAACUCACCAGCGUUUUUCUUUGUCAUGUUUUGUGCACAGAUUUCUUAUCGUGUCUACAUUUACAACUAUAUCCUUAUCUACUUGGUUGCGCAGAGCCUCUGAUAGGUGAGGUGUACAUGGAGAAGAUCUUAGAGAAGCUCCACGCCACUUUGUCAGAGGCCAAGAGUCUGUCUGAUGCGGGCAACAUGGAGCCACUCAUCUCCUUCAUCUGUGACGUGGCCUCCACCUUCUUCUCCUCUGUACAAGACUGUCUGCUGCUCCACUCUGCGGAGGAACUACUUUUCACCGUCUUCCAGUUCAUCGCUAAGGACCAAACACGCUCUCACCUGUCUGGUAGGCGCUCUUGAGGUGCAUGAAUACUUGUAUACAUUAUGUGUAACAUCUGCCUGACAAACCACUUCUUGAUGUCCCUUUGACAGACUCUCUUUUGAGUAAGUUGAGGAAAGUAUGUGUAGCUGGGGUCCGGUCACUCACCCAACAACCUGAUUAUGAGUUUGCUGAAGGGGGUUUCCUGCAGAGUGCAGCCCUUUGGGUGUCAGGCCAACUCCUCGCUGUCCCCAGCAUUAAAAGGUAAAAACUUCCAUAUUCAAAUCAAAAAUAAUAUGUAUGUGGUAAUCCUUUUGUAUAGGCCCAAUCAGUGCAACCACAUCUUAAUAUUCUGUCUCACACUCUGUCUGUAGUCUGCAGGUUCUGGUCCUGGCGGUGGAGAGCUUGGUGGAGGCAAUGAUGUCCGUCUGCGAUCCAGACUCCUCCAUUCUCUCUCAGUUCUUUACCGCACUCACGCCCAGCCAAACAGAAUGGACAAAAAUCAGACAAGCAUUACCUCCCCAGGUGAGUAUACACCGGAUAUGAAGCAUCUAUUGUUGAAGGAUUCUGGGGACUUAAACCCUCCACAGAAGAUUCCACCUGAUAUUCUAGUCUUGCUCUCCCCUUAUUUUUCGUUUCCGUGCUCCUCAGUGGGUCAAAACUCCCUUGCUGUCUGGCCGGUACCGAGGGGUUUUGGAUAAACCCACCAUAGACUUGUGGAAGUCUAGGUUGUCAGUCAAGCUGCCAGCCCACCUUUGUGUGUGUGCCUUGCUGGGGAAGGUUACCAGAGCAGUCUCAUGUUCACCCAGUGACCAGAAAGAGGCAGAAUGCUCUCCACACCUACCAAACCUGAAGUACACCGGUAAACAUAUACAGACCAACACAUACAGAACACACACAAAAUGUCCUGUAACUUUGUGUUAGUUAAAUAUGUUUGACUCUCUCUGACAGUUUCAGAGCUGCUGUACGCCCUGCAGUGGUGUAAGGAGGUAGAGUACAGCCCGGCCUUAGUGUCUGCCUACCACAGUCUGCUCACUGACUGGGGGCUGUCAGAGGGACUUCAUGGCGUUGUUCCGAUGAAAGAUCUGCUGGAGACUCUUUACUCAAGGUGAGUACCACUCACAGAUUUUUCUCCAAUAAGAAAUACUUUUUGUUAUCGAGCCAUCCAUGAUAAAAAAGAUUUUUCUCAAGUUAAAAAAAGGAACUUUUCAGGGCUGCAGCUAUCGAAUAAUCGAAUAUUCUACAGAGUAUUCCAUCAAUUAGUCGAGUAAUCACAUAAAACAUAUUUUUUUUAGUUAAAUUGCAAUUAUUGAGACACAAGAGAAAAUAAAACAUUUAACUUAAUACUGACCAAUCGAUUGUUUUCCUUUUUUUAAAAACUAGGAACACGGAACAAGCGUGUACGUUAGCGGAUUGAAACGCUCAUAAGACAGCUAAUUAUGAGAUUAGCUUUCAUCAUGCCUCUAAAGACAUUAUUGUCCGAGAGCUGAAUAGCUCCUAUGUUACCUGCUUCUGCUACUACGCUGGCAAUGUUAGCCUGCAGGCUAGCAUGUAGAGCAGUGCUGUCUCCACCCACGACUUAGAGGCUAAGUGCUAAUGAGCUACUGGUGCUCUGCAUAAGAAAAGCCCCUCUCAUCAUUCAUUUUUUCGCUCGGCAAAAAAAAAACGCAUUUACUCCUCCUUCUAGUGUGGUGGCGUAAGCGGGUUGUGUCACCUUUUAAAUAAAACGUGCUAAACAGUGAGGAUUGGAGUUAAUGAACGAGUGCUCGAGGCAGAGAAAAUUUUGAAAUUUAGGUACUCGAGGAAUUAUUUCAGCCCUGGAACUUUUUGUAUAAACAUGCAAAAACAAGACAGCAAUUUUUAACCACAUUGAUAUUGUUUUAAGCAAGCAAGUCUUUCAGCCUAAUAUAGUCCUUUUUUGAUUGUAUUGCUACUCUGUAGGUCAGUGGAGGAUGGAGGUCUAUGGUCUCUGGCUCUGGAAAACUACAUCCACACCAACAAUUUGGCAUCAACUCACAGCGCCACUAUAAGGAAACUCUACAGCCAUGUAGAAAGGUUAGUGGUGUCCCAUUCAAGUGAUGUCUGAAUGUUUUUAGUCUCAUUGCCAUCUUUAAGACUUAUUCUGAUAUUUAAAGUGAUGUGUUUUGGUCAGUUUGUUCCCAGUGUCUCAGAGCAAACUGAGCACGCUCCAGGUGCUCUGCCCCACCAUGACCAGAGAGGACAGAGAGGCUCUUGUUGUCCUGGCUACCGCUGGAAUAAUCAACUGGCAAGACAAUGAAGGUAAGAAUACACACACCUUCACAUAUAAAUGUAGACUAGACACAAAUAUUUGGACAUGAACCAUGCUGCAAAAUCCUUUUUGGGCUGUUUGUGUCACAGAUGUGUAUGGGAGUCUGGCUGUGCUGCUGUGCUGUCUCAGAGCGAACACACAUGUUGAUGAGGAGUUUGUUUUGGCUAUUCUGGUGACACUGAUGGAGUGGAGGAACAGCAAGGAGGACUGGUUCCUCUUUGGCAGGUACAAUAGUGACACAAACAAUUACACAGUGGUUUUACAGGGUUGUUGUAUCAUUUUAAUGGUUUGAAUUCAGAUAGUUACUUUACAUCCCUCUAUUGCAGCGAUCUGUCUAAAGCAACUGCAGAACAGCUGAACCUCACUGUGGAGAUGAUGCGUUUCCUGUCUUGGCUGGUGACUCACUAUCCCAUAACUCUUGGGGGCAUCCAGUGGGACUUCUUGCUGUGUUCGAUGCUGGCCUGGCUGGAGGUUAGAUAGGGCUCAUACACACUGUGCAUUUCUAUAAGAGAAUUAACCCUGGACUCUGAUCCCAGCUGCUGUCGUGAAAAAAAGAUUAAAAUCGAAAACUAAAUCAAGAGGAAAGCCGAGUUUUAUUUGUGGAUUGCAUUGCUUGUAUCUCUUCGAGUCUGACUGUAUCCCUCCUCCUAUCCUAGACUGCCAGUGAAAAUGUGAGCAGUCUCUGGAACCCAUGGGUGCAGCUAUUUGGGUGUGAAAACGCUGCAUUGAUAGUGGAGCUGAACAUCUUCUUUUCAUCGUCUUCCCCCGAUGUACUGGAGAGAAUUCCGGCAGAACUAACCAGUGAAUGGAGGGACUUUUUUGUUGAAGGAAUCUACAAUCUGCUGCUGCCUCUACCUAUCACCAUCACAGGUGUGUGUAUGUGUGUGUGUGGAUUAUAUCUCAGGAGGGUAUGCUAAGAAAUAAGAAUGACAAUUCGGUAACACUUUACUUGACGCCUAUCUCUAUAAGGCAUUGUAAAUCUAUGUAUAAUGCAUUACAAUCAUGUUAUAGCACUGUAUAACUAUAGUUAUAAACACUCAUAAAUGAUCAUAAUGCUUUAUAGCAAUAAUAAUUACACAUUUUAAGCAUUUUAUUAUGACUUACAAGGUCAGUUAUUAUUAUGUGUUAUUCUUAUUGUUAUAAGGCCUUAUCAUAAUAAUUGAGUGUUUAUAAUGAUAGUUAUACAAGUUUAUAAACAAAUUAUAACACAUCAUAAAUAUAUGUAUAACGCAUUAUCUAUGUGGGCAUUGUCAGUGAGUUAUUAACAGUUAUAACACAUUAUAAUACCUGACCUUGUAAGUCAUGAUAAAAUGCUUUAUAAUGUGUUAUGAUUACUGCUAUAAAGCAUUGUGAUCAUUUAUGAGUGUUUAUAACUAUAGUUACACAGUGCUAUAAUGUGAUUAUAACACAUUAUACAUAUAUUUAUAAUGCACAUAUAUUAUUAUACACGUGUAUAUAUCUAUAAUAGAGAUAGGCUUCAAGUAAAGUGUUAAUCACAAUUGGUAAAGUGAUUCAUUGUCUUUGUCCAAAAUCAGUCAUCGCAGUAUAAAAACCGAUCAGUCAAAUGUGUCUCUGUUGCAGAAACCUUCACAGAACCAGAUGACCCUGUGUUUCCUUUGGCGGUGUUGCAGUCAGUUGGUGCGGCUCUGACUUACGUCCCUGUGCAGCAGCUAACACAAAACUCACUGCCUCCAAAGUUCAUAGCAGACCAGAAAACCAACCUGCCAGAGCCUCUCCAGACGCUCCUCAACACCUUCUGUCCUCUGCUGCUCUUUAAAGCCAGGCCCCUGCAGAUCUCUGUCUACCACCUGUUAGAAAAGUAAGGGCUUUUGUUUGUUUGCUGUUGGCUGGCUUGGAAAUCAGGGUGUUUUUGUUCUUAAUUUAGCAGAAAUAGAAGCUGUACUAGUUUAGUUGACUUAUUUGAGGGUCACAUCUAUACUACUACUACUUAUUAUCUAUGCAGGGUGAUGCCUCAGCUGCCGGAGUGUGAUGGAGAAGGUGACACGAGCAAGUCUGAUGAUGAUAGAGAUGAACCAUGUCUGUAAGUCAUGUAAUGGUGGUUUUAACAUGAAAUAUUCACUACAUUCUGGGUGUUAUCAUUUAGCUUUUAAAAGUAUAAGUAUCUGUAUGACAGUGUGGUUUUAAUUCUUGUGUACAAGCUCUCCUCCGGCAUCCCUCAUGGCCAUCCUGUCCACCUGUGAGGAACUGUGUGACAGCAUUCUGGCAGGGCUGCAAGUAGGAGAGUUCGCUGUAGUUCAGCCAUUGAGUGUGGAGUACUCCUGCAUCCUGGGAUACCUGCUGGCCUGGAAGUUACUCCUCACUUUUUUCAAAUCCUCACCCUCCCAUGUAAGUACUGAUAGGUCGGUCAAAUCUAUCUCUUCAGGAUCUUCUACAACAGAUUUUCUUUUUUUCUGUAGUAGAGGGUUUGGUUGCUGUUUAAAACGUUUUCCAUAUUCAAUGUGGAGGUUAAUGUAGUGUUACUGAUAUCAAAGUAUCUUCUUCUUCAUCUCCAGCUGCGCGCCCAUUACGCUCAGUAUCUUAAGAGAAGCUGCUCCCUCAACAAGCUCCUCCUUCACCUCUUUAAACUGAUGCCAGAGAAUCCCGUCUAUCCAGGCGCAGGGCCAGAGUCAAAGGAGUCCAAAACCUUCUUUACAGAGAGCCUGUCUCUUGCUGUUGACAGUAAGUAGCCCACACUCCCAACCUGUCUUUACAUUGUGGUUAAAAAUGAAUAAUCUGAAAUUCCUCCCUCCUGUGUUUCAUUCCUCCAGAGGGCAAAAGUGUUGAGUGGGAGCUCCCACAUCUUGCUUGCAGUGUUUGCUACAGCACGCUGCAGGACCUGCCUGCCAUGGUGCGGCUGUGGUGGAACAGCCAGGAGAAGAGAGUGAGCGGAGCCGUGGAGAAGUUCACAACGAAAUAUGUCAGUCCUGUCCUCUCAGCGCAGGAGAUCUCGUCUGUCCACUCCAGCACUCAAAUGUUUGAAAAUAUGACAGUAAGUUGGCGAAUGUGUCGCUUCUACAACGACGCUGUAGGAUAAAGAUGUAGUAGAAGUCUGUCUACUUGACUGACAGACCCCUGAAGGCCAGGGCAAACAGCUGAUUUUACUUAUUUAUCUUUCUGCGACAGGUGAAAGCCCGAUCAGCGGCGCGGGAGGUGAUUGCCACCUACUCUGUGGAUGAUAUCUUCAUCGAGUUGGUGAUCCAGCUGCCACAGAACCAUCCUCUAGGCUCUAUCACUGUCGAGAGUGGGCGGCGCGUUGGCGUUGCUGUACAACAGUGGAGGAACUGGAUGUUGCAACUGAGCACCUACCUCACACAUCAGGUAGAAACACAAUAGAAGUCAAUGUGAGAAGGCGGUGUUUUAAAAGCGUCUGAAGGCCUGAGGUAACGUUAUAUCACUACCUGGAAAUGUUCCUGGAUGAUGAAGGUCCACAUUGCCUGGAAGAUGCUUUUGUGUGAUGGAUGUGUAAAAAAAAAAAAAGAGUAGGUAGGAGGUAGAAAAUGCUAAUCCUGUAUGUGUUUUGUGUGUUCAGAAUGGCAGUAUAAUGGAGGGUCUGGCUCUGUGGAAGAACAACGUGGACAAGCGCUUCGAGGGAAUAGAGGACUGUAUGAUCUGCUUCUCCGUCAUCCACGGCUCCAACUACUCCCUGCCCAAGAAGGCUUGCCGCACCUGCAAAAAGAAAUUCCACUCAGCUUGUUUGGUGAGUAAUACGUGUGUGUGUGUGUAGAAUAUCUGCAGUGCCUUUGCUGCAAAAGAAGAGAGAAAAGAGAGAGAACAAUAGCAGAGAGGACAAAUGUGUCAUGAGAAUUUUCUUUGACUCGGACCAAAUUCAGUGAAUACAAAACCUACAGCUGGCUGUAAAACAUACAAACUGUGUUGCUUGCAUAGAUAUAUAAAUAUAAACCUUAAAUAUAAACACAUGCUCUUGCAUGACUAUACUCUUCUUUAAAUCCUCUUUUUAAUGCACCUUUUCCCUUAUCUUUUUCAGUACAAAUGGUUCACCUCCAGCAACAAGUCCACCUGUCCACUGUGCAGAGAAACCUUCUUCUAACAGACAACAAGCAAAUCAUAAAAACAUUGUAAAUACAUUAAUUAGGUUACGAAGGCGCUCAUUUUGGGAUGUUAGGAAGAGGUUGUUGUCUCAGUUGCAUGAAAAGUGUUUGAUGAAAACAUGAAAAUCCAGUGAAGAGAGUGUUUUGGAGACUUCUGGUCUCAUAUUCAGAGUGAUUUCAUAAGCUGGCUACAUUUUCUUCAAAAUAGACCUUUACUGUAUAUUUGCAGCACCAGUAGCUCUAUUCUGUAAUUAAUUACUUUUUUUUUUACUUCAGUUUUUUUCAUUAUUGAAUGUGUGCAGGUUUGUCAAAGAAUCCGAGAUUAAAAACCAAAGCUGUGUUAGUCAGCACCUUUUGAAACGACUCACUUCAAAAACUCAUUAUGGUCUCGUUGAUCCCUGACAGGUUUUCGACAAAUGUUCCUAAUAUUUAGGAGUGUAAAGAGUUCAUGUCUUGAUGAUGGCGUGCUCAAACAAAUAUUUUAGCGGGUGAGAUCACCUGUGAAGGAGAUAAAACUUCUCAGUGUUUUGGGUUUAUAAUUUCAAAAAAGCCAAAUGCUCACUAACCUUUUAAUUUUCUCUUCCCUCUGUGCCUGCAUACAGCUGUAAAUGAUGCUGGAAAGUAAAUAAAAUCCGAUUCAAUCACCGUUCAUGAUGGAUGCAGCUUGCCUUUGAUUCUGCGCUGAAAGACACAGAGAAAAGCUAAAGACUGAUGUGAAAAAUGAUGUUGUUAGAAUAUGUUUCUGAAUCUUUAUUAAUUAACUUUUACAAAUAUUUUUAAGGACUUAUCUGACUGUUAUAUAGACCACAGGGAGAAAUUUAAAAGCUUAGUGGAUCUACAUAUUUUCUGCAGUAGUCUUUAUAGCUCAUUGCAUAUACACUAGUGUGUAAUGACUUUUUAAUACAACUCCAACGGCUGAGCUGGCAGCCUUACAGGAUGUUAGAGUUAACAGAACGAGUGCUCAACAAAGCAGUGUGUACCUUUACACAACGGCUGGGCUAUGUAAUACAGAACAAUGCAUAUGCAGGGAUAUAUAAACCUGGAACAGAGACUGUAUGCAUAUUUUAUCUAAGUGCAUACACCGACUUCUCGUCUUGAAAGCACUACAGUUGGCUCCAGGUGUAUUGUUAAGUUUAUGCACUUUUUAACUUUUACUGACAGUAUUUCUUUGGAUACGCUUUAAAUAUUCUUUAAACUAUUUAAGUUUUCAUAGGGCUAAAUUAUUGAAAACAAACUCUACAAACAGGGAAGAAACUUACUGAAGUCAGUGUAUACAUAGUUGUUAGGGAAUUGGGACUAAUCUCGCAAUUAUUCCAACUGAGAGCGGCUCCCUCACUGCUAAAAAUGAACAAGCGCAAGAGCUAUGUAGGUCAACAAGUUUUACAUUCAUGGUAUGUCAUCACCAACUUUAUUCAAAGUCGACUCUAAUGGAGCCUCUGCGCCUUUGUGAACUGUUGUGUUAACCCGAGCCUCCAAUUACACUUCUAAGGUGUUUUCAUCAAACUAUUACUGUAACUUAACCUGCGCUAGUUUCCAAGAAAAGACUGUAAUUAGCCCCAGUCUGUGACUGCUGGCACCAGCCUCCCACGCUCAUUUAUCUCAGGUCCACCUCCUCCUCAUGUUGAAUAAUUUAUCUGUUUAAUGGAGGCUUGCUCUCAUCACACUUGUUCCUAUGGAAUUAAUUAUGACAGAUUAAGCAUGAUCAAUGAAUUAAUCCCUAUCAUUUGGUCUGCAGUGUAUUUGUGUGUGUGUAAGAGAGAGAUCGUGUGUGUGUGUGUGCGCAUUUGUAAUUCAUUACUGCGGUCAGAAUUGAUCAAUACAUACAGCCAACAUCCAUCAUCAUCUGCCCUUGACCUUUUUAAUAGCCAUUGAUCUGUUUGCCGGGCAUAAAUAUUUAUAUUGAAAUCCCCGUCCCUCACAGGUUUUGACACACAAACACUCACAUGGACAGCCCUGAAUCUUAUUGCUCAUUAUCUGCUUGAUUAAGCAGUGGUACAAAUGUUAUGAACUACAGUACAGUGCUCUGUGCAGCCUGUUCUUCUCGCACUCAAAGUCUCUCUUCACCAGAGGAUGGCAGCAGAAGCUCAAGACAUGGCUGAGAGGAAUUCAAGAUGUGCUCAGCUCUGACAGAAAAGGGAUCCGGGCUCAUUUGUGAGAUUGAAUUACUUACAAAAAUCUAAUUUUUAGGGGUUAAAUUUUCCGCAGAUCAGACAAAAAACUUUCAUAAUUAGUGGGUAAUUUACGAAUUAAUGAAUUAAUGAAGUGGCUCACAGGGAUUAUUAAUGUGUCAUCUCUAAUUACUCUGACGAAUUUGAUGAAUAAAUAGACUCACAAUGAUGGAACUUAUCUGAUAUGACAGAUGGGGAUCAGGUUAGAUGUUACUAAAGUUGACUGACAAUAGGAACAGUCUGAAAGGGUUGGGUGUCAUUAAACAUAGGAAGUAAUGAGUUUUAAAACAGAUUAAAAAUAGUGAAAAGAGUUUAUGGUAAGUGAGUGAACAAGCUCAAUUAGGAACUUUGCCAUUAUAAAACACUCAAUUAAUUUAAAACAGAAUAGAAAAGAGAAGUGAAAAUAGGGUUUACAAGUAUAUAUCGGAUUCAGUUAGUUCUUCUGAUGUGACCCAUCCAUUAGUUAGCUUUCAUUGAUUAAACUGCGGUGCCAGCACAAGCUCAUUAGCAACCGACCUGACCACAACAUCCCAUAUCCCUACCUUUUCUGGCCUUUUGGUGGAUGCUCGGCUACCUCAUAAUUAGCCACGCCUGUAAAGCUUUCACUUACAUCUCCCUGACCCAUUUGUGAGCUCAUUAGCAUUCUCAGCCAUUUGUAUGAGGCCGGUCCCAUCCCAGACACGCCACUCUUCAACACUGCAGGAAAAUUCUCGGCUCUGAGUCGGUCUGUAUAUGUAUUAGCAUGUGUGUGCCUAUCAGUAUGACUCUACUGAUAUUAGUUUCCUUGCAGUGAAUCACACACAGCCAUUUAUUUGCCUCUGUGUAUAGCCAGUCUCCCCUGCCUCCUCCUAUCUCCUCGCUCUCUGCCUUGCUCCUAUACCACCCAUCAUGUAGCACACCGUAUGAAUUACAGUCAGCGCACAAUCGAUAUCUGAAUUAGUUGUACAUAAACCUGGGAUUUAUCAUGUUCAUGUUUGCUAACCUAAAGCAGGGAACUCUAUAUUUCUAUCUUGGGGGUUUCCUUGACUGCACUGAAGAGAAGAAAUGAUCAAUUUAUGAACAGCUGCUAUUUUUACAUAAUGAACGUUAUAAACAAUAGUCAUUGACCUCAACCUAUAGGCAACUAGACACGCAUUUGUACUGGUCAUAAUGGCUGGGAGAGGCUGCCACAGUUUAAAUCUACUGUUAUUACUCUGUCAUCAGGCAUAGGCCUUUUAUGGUUUUCUAUUACCCCUGCUAUAUUACAGCAGCAGUGGAGGACACCAAAGAGCAGGUGGCUGAGUGUGCUCUUUUAAAGACUUUGUGGCAGAGCCAGAGUGACAAGAUUUAAAGAUACUUUUAUAUUUUGAGACCAUGGAUGUUAAAAAAAAAGGUGAUAAAGAACAUACAUGCAAGAUUGUUUUCUGGCAGACUUUGUGUUAACAGUUGAAGUCUUUGCCUACUUCUAUCUAGAAAUACUUUCAGUAGUUGUGUGUGUGUGUGUGUGUGUGUGUGUAUUUCAAUAAACAUAUUUUAUUUUUUAUUAUCAAACAUUUCAUCAGCCUCUCAGCUUGGAGGCUAAAUCCACCCACAACCUCAGCAUCCCAGCCAAACACUCUAAAAAGUGCAUUUUAAGCCCAAUUGACCUAACUACUUCCCACUGAUGAAACUUAUCAGCCCAAGGGGCAAUGCAUAGCAAAGGACUACUUAAGUAUUCUGCAGCUCUGCCUCAGUUCACAGUCAAGCACCAGCAGCACAAGUCUGCCUACAAAUAACGAUGGCCGUGUUCUUUUUGCCCUACAAGAAAAACCUUCAGCGUGUAGCUCCAGUCAACCAACCCCAAAGCGUGGCUCUAGUCUACAUGGAAAUAUCAGCACACAGGAGGCGUAAAAAUGAAUCUGUGCAUGACCAAAUCCUUUUUAAAUGCAACUAGGACAAACACAUGAGUGGUACUUCCUGAAUAUUUUAGGUUAUGUGUGUGUUAACUCCUGCAUAUGCGCUAAAUAAAGGGUAAGCAAAUUGGCACAGCGAGUGUUCACUUCCUGUGAUGACUCCCCAUGAGUCCACUCUGCUGUGUUAUUGGUAUAUACAGCAGCAGUGCUGGAUCUGCUGUGCGCUCUGACUCACAGUGCAGACUUAGCAAUUAGACACCUGGAGUUCACAUUAGACAGACCUCCAUCAUACACCAUUUCCUAAAUUUAGAGAAACCCUUAGGCACGUCCAUAUAUUGUACGAAUGCUCCGUAUAUUUGUGAGAGGGACUGAGAAAAUGGACUUUAACACCCUGUGGCAAAAUUUGAUUUACAGUUCUAUUUAAAUGGCCUCACUGUUUCAGCAGGGUUGGUGUUUCCACAGCCGACCCUGAGGCUGGUGAGAUACAUCAUUCUGCAAAGUAAGCGGACAUUUAACAUAGACCAUAGAGAGCUAACUGAUGAGGGGAAAAUAAUGCACUAAGUUCACACACUGUUAUUGUUCCAUUCCUGAUUUGAUCAUUUUUAACAUUUACACAAAAUAUACAAACAUUUUAGCAGAAAAAAGGAGAGAACUUAAUAAUGUGUGCAGUUAUAUGGACUUGAAUAUCCUAACUAUGAGCCUUAUCCUGUUUUAAACAUAUCAAGGAUAUGGUGCUUAUGCAAAGAGAAACGUGGCUAUGCAUAUAUCAUGGUCUCUGAUUACUGCAUCUCAUUUGUGCAAACACUUUUAUAUUAAUUUUUUAGUGACACUAACAGCAAAAGGUGGAAAUAUGAAUAAAAAUGAGACUACAAUGGCUUAACACCAUUAAAUGCCCACCUGAUUUCCAAAGAGCUGUUCUCAGGACAAGCUAGCAGCAGCCUCUGGUCUUUAGAAAGCUAAUGCAGAAGUGCUAAAAAUUGCAGUUCCUCAACUGUCCACUUGAGGCUGACUCCAAACACAUCAGAAGCAGUAUACACACCCAUUUAAAAAACCCAGCUUCACAACAGAAAUAAAAAUCUUCAUGAGGGGCAAUUUUUUAUGACACAUUAGUUUUGAGAUAUUGAAGCAUCAAGCUUUGCAUUAUCAGAGGCACAGCUGACUUGAUUGAUAGGCUGACACACUGUAGCCUGAAGCGAGGAGGCUAAAGGUCAGCUCAACUCCACUUCUUUGUCAGCAUGGCAUCUAGCUGUCAAAAGCUUCAAUACUCAGAAAACCAGUGGGUAAUGUUCCUGAAACUUCCCAUGUUUUAUACAGUAUAUGGUUAGGACUUGAAACUCAGAUGCAAGGCAAAAAACACCAGGGACACCAAGACUUAUCAACAAGCACAAAUUACACCUUUCUGAGACUAUGUUUUCCUCCUUGCUGUGAGUAAGACAUACUGUGAACUCAGUACUGAGGUGCUGCUGUGAUUCAUUGAUGCAGAUCACCUUCAAUGUAUAUUGACAUGCUAUAUAUGGUAACAGGCUUUUAACUGCCAAGAGGCAUUUUUCAGAAACACCAUUUGUAAGAUUAUUGAUAAAGCAACCAGCCAAGCAAUAAGCAGGAUAACAUACAGGAAGCAAUACAUCAUUUCAAAAACAAACCAGGAUAGAGUGAUGCACGACUCAGACUGCCAAUUACCUUUUCAGAGCGGGAAACUUAAAUGUAUUGAAUGUUCUCUUUAAUCUGCGGCUUCAAGGACAAUGGUUACUGAAAACCUGGAGGGCAUAAGGUCAUACUGCAGGUUACAACAUAUGAGUUAAAGGGAUAUUCCAGCAUAAAAUUAAUUUAGAGUCAAACUCACCGUAACACAGAGUUAGACACCCCCUCGAGAGAUGACUGCUUCCGGCUGACUGCUUGCUUCUCUAGUUACACCGACUUUAGUAAUGACCGCAGGAUAGCAAUACAGAGCGGUCUGAGAAGCCAUAAACCAACCUCAAACAAAACGCCACUCUAUAGCCACAAAUAAUGCUCAGAACAGCACCUAACUUCAUCAACAGUACAUAUAGGGUCCUAGCCACAGCACUAGCCACCAAACAUCUUUUUAACUUUGCCUGAUUUCUUUAGCAAAGAGACUAAACACAACUCAACUACAAUCUUCUAGCAGCCGCUUGAAAUGAUAAAGUAAUGAUCAUAAAUGUUCUUCCUUGAGCUGCGUCACCCCGCUGUAGUCCGUGAUGGACUGGCCUGAGGUCUCGCUACUUAAGCGGCUGCUGGAAGAGAGUAGGUGAGAUGUGUUUAGUCUCUUUGCUAAAGAAAUUAGGCAAAGCUAAAAAGAUGUUUGGAGGCUAGUACUGUGGCUUGGACUUGAUAUGUACUGUUGAUGAAGUUGAGUGCUGUUCUGAGCAUUAUUUGUGGCUAUAGAGUGGCGUUUUGGUUGAGGUUUGUUAAUGGCUCCUCAGAUCGCUGUGUAUUGCUAUCCUGCAGUUGUUACUAAAGUUGGUAUAACUAGAAAAGCAAGCAGCUGGCAACAUUCAUCUUUCAAGGGGGUGUCUAACUCAGUGUUAUGGUGUGUUUGACCCUAAAUUAAUUUUACGCCGGAAUAUCCCUUUAACCAAUUUGUCAACAUCAGUAAUAAACAAAUCCAAGCUACCACACCUAUUUGAAAGGGUUAAGGAAGGGAUAAGGAAAGGCAUAUAAUCAAUAAUGUUCUUAUCCAAAUCAAGGCUGUCAUCAGUAUUAUUAAACAGGACAAUCUUUAUGCAACUCUAAUGACUAAAUCAACUCACUAUCCUUUGAUUUUAAGCUUUGGAGUUCAGCUUCAGUAGAUGUCAUUUAUAAGAUUGUUAAUACAGUAACAGGAUAGUGUUUACUUUCCUUGUAAUUUGACCCCUUUGAAGGUUCAGUAAACAGCUAUUGUAAGUUCACAUGUUGUAGGUCCUUGUUACUCUAUGUUUGUCUUGUAUUAUUUACUUAAUUAACUACUUCAGUCAGCAUCAAUCAUCAGAAUGGCUCAGCUGGAAAUCAAGCCUUGAUUGGACUUGCUCUCAGAUUUUCAAACUAUGUGAAAAAGCAUCAGAUCUUCAAGUUUUAAACAAUUAGGUAAAUCCUAAUUGGCAAUUACUUUGAUUUGUAAUCCUAAAGGUAUUUAAUGAGCUCAUUUAAUGGUGCCAUGGAGCAUGAUGGAAUUUGGUAAUUGGUUUUUAUAAGAAGUGUAAAAAUCAAGGUGUGCUUGUGAAGUGGGUGGUGCUGCGUAGACACCAAUCUAUCAUGAAGCAAGAAAAAGUUUCCCACGAAAAAAAGAGCUUCAGAAAAGAAUCUGGAUGGCCUAGCUGUAGUCCUUCAGAUGAAAAUAGACUCACAGAGUGGUGAAGAGAGAUGUUUUGGUGCUGGCAGCUCCCUUCUUAAUGAUCAUCCCCUGAUGAUGAUGUGUUUAUGUACAUCCGUCUUCAAGGGUAAAACUAAAAGGUAAAAAAAAGAGUUGCCCUUGCAGCUUUUCCUGCUGUAAAAGUGGACAUCUCACUCUGGUUCUAACAAGGUCGGAGCUGUCAGGAGCUAAUAUACUCAGGCCAGGAGGAAGACUCAUCCCUCACACACUGCAGAUGGAGGAGAGAGAGACGGCGAGAGGAGGGGAGGGAGGAAGAGUUUGAGAAAAGAAUGGAGAUGAGUGAGCAGAAAGGGAGACGGAGAGAGAUUAGGACGAGUCAGACAGGGAAGACAGAGAGAAGAGGCGAGGAGAUAAUGGAGAACUGGAGCACGGAGUCAGAAACAAAGAGGGGUGAAAGAAUGAAAGAAUGACAAGAUGGCCGCCCUUCCCUUUAGCUGUGUUGAUAUGACAGUUGUCAGAGGCCAAAUCUGAGGCCAACUCAUUGUGCUGAUAAACGCCUCUGGCUUUACCAACCCUCAGAAUGAAGGAGACGCAUGCUGUUCUCCUGUCUUUGUCUCCAUCUUUUGUAACACUGCAGUUUCAGAUAAGUUAUAACUGUGCUGUCAUUAUGAACUCCAUACAAAAGACUCCAUUAUGGGCUGACCUGAACCACUCAUUCUCAUACUGUGUUCAUCUAAUCUUUGUGACAUUAGCACCAAGCCAACACAAGUUAGCUUACUCUCAUGUGCCCUGCUUAUCAUCUUUUUGUUAGAUUGGAUUUAUUCAGCUAACACUUAAUAAAUAAACCCAAUUAAGCUUAUGAUGGUGGAGAGACAAUUCAACAUCAAUUAAUCACUCACAAAGGGGAUAAAGAGAAAGACACCUGAAACCACUGCUGCCACGAGGCUGAUCCUCACAUUAUGUCUACAUUAUCUCACUGUGCAAUGGAGCCAUAUCUAAGCUAGCCAAAUAACAAGCUAAUCAAUUAAGUUAACCAUGCAAUUAAGUUAAUUAAUUGCUUGUAUGCCAGGCAGUUUCCUGGGGCUUGCGCUCUGGACCACAUUACAACACUGUCCAGUGAUUAGAUUACAGAGUUAGUUAUGCCAUUUGAAGCUCAAGUGUGUGAGCUGCAAAGUGGAGUCCCACUGGUUGAUAUCUCCAGCUGAAGAACGUAAUGCAGCCCAACAUUGCAGAUGCAUAAAUGAGGAUUUGUUUGAAGAAGUGAAUAUGGAAAUCUUAAUCUCUCUGGUUGCAACAUGGAAACAAAGAAAUCUCUGCAGCAGAGAGUGGGUUUUAUUAAGUAAAGCGAUUCAACAGACAGAUGAACUACAAUGCAAAUAAUUAAAGUGAGUUUUUUAACAUUUCAAGUAAAAAGAUAAAAGAUCUUAUUUCAAGAUACAUCAAGCAAAUAAUAAGACCUGGAUUGCUUGUAAUGGGGUGAAAAGAGUGUUGGUAACACUUUACAAUAACCAUAAUUUAUAAAUGGUAAAUAGAUAGUUUAUUAAUGUUUAAUCAUCAUUUAAAAACAGCAUAUAGAUCAAUAUUAAAUGGCAAAUAGGUAGUUUAUUAAUGUUUAAUCAUCAUUUAAAAACGGUAUAUAGAUCAAUUAUAAAUGGCAAAUAGAUAGUUUAUUAAUGUAAGUUAAUAGUUACUUUGCCAUUAACAAGCAAUGAAAUUAUGAUUAAUAAUUUUCAUUAAUUAUUAAUGGAAUAUUUAUUAAAGGUUUAUAAAGGGUUUAAAUAUUGGUUGUAAAACAUACAGAUUAAAAUGUGUGUCAGUAGCACUUUGUAAAUGAUUAAUAUUUGUUUUUUAAGCCAUCUAUAAACAUUACUUAGAUGGUUAUUGUAAAGUUAGGGUUAGGUUUAGGUUUUCAAAAUUGUUAAAUUUACAAUUCAUUAAUGGUCUAUAUGCUUUCUAUAAAUGGUCUAUUUACCAUUUAUAAGUUGUGGUUGUUGUAAAGUGUUACUGGGGUGUUUAUCUUUUGUAAAAGAAGUUUAUUUGACUCAAGACGUUAUUCUGAUUAAAAGAAACUUAUUUGUCUUGAAAUAAGAUGUUUAUUGUUCUAUAAUUAUUAUUUCAUUAUUAUUUUAUUUAGGUCUAAUGAGAUACACUAAACAGAAAUAAAGUAAACACACUUGCAUAGAUUCGACCUUUGCAAGUUCAUGUUUACCUUACAGGUAAUCAGGUGAUGAAACAAUGCAUGAUCCUCUGUCCAAUCACUCAAACCCAACAUGUAAAGACUGUUUGUUCAAUUAGAGCAGCAGUAGAGAAGCCUUGAUUACGCUGAUAACCCUCUUAUGUAGCUAAAUACUAACCCUCAAGGUCAAGAAAACACAUUUAAUAAUAGAUAAGUCAAGGUUAAUACUGAACAAUUAUUCGGGUGCAACCUUUACAGUGGAUCAGCUCAGUAAUAUUUUUAAAUAUGCAAAUCAGGACUUUAUUUGUAUUUUAUAAUUAGUGAAAUAAGGGUAAACAAUCAGUCCUAACCCUUUAGGUGGUAUUUAUUUAAUCUCAUCACCACUUUAAUUUGUUGCAAGGCAUAGAUAUGCAGCACUUUUUGCGCUGCAAUCUUUUUGUUUGGAUUAGACAAGAAUUAGGAUCUUAAUACACAAAAGUACUUUGGAUUAUAUCAUUUUACAAAGACAACAAUAAUGUUGUUUACUUCAAACUUCAGCAAUGUUUUGUAAUUUAAUAUUUACUGAACAGUGUGACUACACUUUAAGAGAGGCAUAAUGUACAUUUUAAGCGCAAUACACAGUGCUGGAAGUUCAUUUGUAGCUACUGUAAGAAGUUUUGAGAUAUUCAUGAGAAAUACUGAAAUUUACAUUAAUGCUUUUUAUGAUGUACAAGAGCAAACAAGACAACCAGCAACAAGCUUGACAAUUUUGUCUUGUCAUUUUUACCUGUGUGUGCAGGUAGGGGUCAGCCAAGCUGCUAAGGAAACAGGCGUUUUUUCCACAUAAAAUACUCAGAAUAAAUGAUGAAUUUGACCUCAAAAGUCAGCUAUUACUUUUUGUUAAGAGACACUACUUAAGCAUUUAAAGGACAAGAUUAGCAAAGACUUUAUUGUCCACGUAGGGGCGCCAAAACUGGCACAAACCAAAAGUUCCUCACAGAAGCUUUAAAUCUCCAAAUGCAGAGAGAGACUAGACCAGUAAGAAUCUCUAAACUACAAACAUGUUAAUUUAAUGAAAUAUUUUCUCUGCAUCCCAAAGGUUUCACGCAGUCAGUGAAUAGUUCAGACUGAAACACUGGUGUCAUAUAGUCAUUUUUAUAGUGGGGACUUAAACUUGAACACUGAAGGUUUGACUGAGACUCAGGGUUUACAAUUUAAACUACAACACUGACAUUGAUAUUAUACUGUAGAUUUUAAGGCUGGAAACACUUGAAACCAUGUUGACUGCAUAUAUUUUGCACAAAAGGUGAGGUCUACCAUUGAAAACAAAAGCUCUCAUUCCUUCUUUACUGAACCUCUUUUAGCUUAGGUGUUUUGUAUGUCUAUAAAUUUCCCCACAGCACAAAAAAAUGCUUCAAGCUAAGAUUCACAAAAACAAAACAAACAAAAAACACACACUUGAACUCAUGCUCAAAGAUCCUUUACUCUUUCCACCACACUAUGCAGCUCGGUUGGAUUAUGGUGAGACAGAACAUGUCUCUCUCUCUCUCUCUCUCUCCUUUGCUUUCUCUUGUAUUAUAAUGAACACGCUGACAGUCAAAUUAGCAUGGUGUCAGUGUGGUAGCAUGCUUCAGCGACAUGACUGCACAGCUGUCCUACUGUGAUAGCACAGCGUACUGUGUUAUAGGAUCAGAAUACAGCCAAUGAAACAUGUGGGAUGGUGUGUUUUCUCUAAGCUGAAUGUACCUGUGUUUGGAUUCACCAGUUGUUCUUUUUCAAUGAUUUGAAUCACUUUUUUGGAGUCUUUUAAGAGCUCCCUUUCGAAAUAAGAGUCUUUUUGUUUUCACAGUUGAAUAUACCCCUGUAGCAGCAACAUACAUGAAUGUUCUCAUGGCAUUUAAAAGGAUUCAAAAGAACCAUUUCGACUCAGGCAAUGCUGUGUGACGCAAGUUUGACUUACCUGUGGCACAUUUAAUAUCCGGAUUUGGAAACGUGAGUUAUUCAGCCAGAGAAAACUGGGUCCAUUCCCUCACUGGAUGUUCCCACACUGGGAACACAUCAUGCAUGAGGCCUGCUCCUUAUUCUGCAGGUAAGAAAAAAAGGGGGGAAAAAAAACUCAUUGAAAUAGAGCCUCUGUGAAUAAGCUGGGGGAGCUCACCCAUCACUCUAACCACAUGGCUCCUACUUCUUAACACACACACACACACACACACACACACACACACUGGAGAGAUCUGCUCUCUAAUAGGAUCCCCAGGGUUAUAUUGUUAUUGUUGAUUUCCUCACAGAAAACACAAAGAUUUAUGUAAUCAAAUUCCUAUGUGGGCAUGCACACACACAUACAGACACACACACAUCAUACACAUGCAUGAAUGCAGAAACACAAUGCUCUAUAUAAAAAACACACCAACGUGAAGUGAUUUCUACAACACAAAUAAAAAGAAGCCAACAAUAUGACUUUUUGUACUUUUUCACUUCUCUCUCUAUUCAAAGGGAGAAAGAAAGAGUAAUUCUCUAUUUCUGUCCCAGAUUUUCUUCUUUUACUGCACUUUAUCUUUAUUCAGUCAGCACCUGGUCAGUGGGUCAAUAAGCCAACAUAUUUUGUCUCCUUUCUCCCGUUCUGAUUUAUUUAUUUUUUUUCUUUUUUGGAGGAACAGUUCAUCUAUAUUUCUCAAAAACUGAAUGACACACACAGCAUUGUUAAAUGACUUAUCUGAAUGCAAUGACCUUGUUUAUUACAAAUGUUUAACAUAGCUUUGAUAGAUAUUGUGCACAUGUAAGUAACUAUAUCUUUGCAACGUCAGUUAAGACGAAUAAACUGGUGCAAGCCUUUGAAAAUCAAAUACAAGCUCAUUUGAGAGUAUCUUUAAAAACACAUCAUUUCAACGAAUGAAAAUAUAUUAUUCAUAAGAAAGUAUAGGAGCAUACUUGCGUAUAGUAUUGUACUCUUGACAGACAAAACUAAAUUUAAAUCAAAGGUAGGACUGAAAGCAGGCCUCAAAAAGUAGAAAACCUGCGAUACAUUAAAUAAAGGGAUGGGUCCGUUCUUUAAAGAGGGGUUGUUUGAGGUACUUGUUCGCACCAAGUGUAGUGUUGGGGUUCUGUAAAUAAAGGGAUUGACUUGGCCCCUGUCUGCAGUGGUUAAUAGCAUAGCUCCUGUGUUGGUACUCCUCCCUGUUUCUCAACACUACACCAGGCUGACCCGGAUCCCCUUGUGGGUGAUAUAAUUACUAUAGACAGGUACCUCACACAACCCUUCUUUUUCUUCCUCCUCUUAUUCCUCUUCAUCUUGAAGAAACAGACUUUAUUUACAUUUUCUGUGGCAAAAACUAAUGAUGAGUGACACAUUAAAUGAGGAAGGAUUAAUCAGGAAACACCAAUGGAAGUAAAAGACAAGCGUGGCAAAGAAAAAAGGGGUGCUGCUUGGUCCAUAGGGAGCACCAUAACCAACAUCAACCUGUCGUUCUUCACAGGAGCUUUUUUUUUGUUGUUGCCAGGAAUACAUUAAAAAAUAAUGUAAAUGUCCAUUACAUGUGUGUUGAACCAUUCAUUCUCAUGGGAUCCCAUCAAGACCCAAUCCAAAGCCACGCUGAGAGACUGCAGGAGUGGCAGGAAGCUGCAGUUGGAUCAAUGCGCUCUUGAACUGGAUCAAAUGCUUAGUAGGACCAUUCUGCUGUCAGACAUCCCACUGAUCAAUAACAGGUGUAUUACAGAAAGUCCCGCUUUAGAAAAGGUGUCACUGAUGUUGUGAAAACAGUGAAAAGAAAGUGAAAAAUUGAUGACAGACGCACAGACUUGAAAGCCAGAAGAUAUUUAAUCCUUUUGUGCUAUUAUCAAUAAUUCAUUGACAAGCACUUUUUGUAACAUUUUCUGAGUCUGUGCUCCUCCUCUUAGAUCCUUUCAGGGGAUUUAAAAAUCUCUUCUGAGACAAAUUUUAAAAAAGAUUACAUCAGUUACUGAAUUUUUGCUACCGCUUCAUAUUUAAGAGAAAAGUUUUCAGUUUUUUAUUGGGCACAUAUUAUCCUUUUGCCCUUUUAUAGUUUACGAACAAGCAUAACCUCACAUUAUUUGGUUUUUAAAUACAGGCCAGCAACAUUUUUAUGUCUACUUGUAAAUCAGAGAUAAGUCUCAUAACCAUUUUUCAUCAUAUUGAGAUGAAGCGCUUGCUGUUUACUUUAGAGUUUCUGUACAAAACCUAAGGUAGUGUACCUUUUUCUAUAAUUUUUGUUUUGCCCCCUUGAUGGUUUACUGUGCUUAUGACCAAACUAGAGCCCUUUCAAUAUAAACAUCAAUAAAAAAUGUAAAGAAAGAAAAAAGCUUUUAGCCUAAAUUCAGGAAAUGCAAGACAAGGGGGAGUGACAUAUUACCUAAUUUUAAUAAUAAAUGCACAUGACACACCUAAAUGUCAUAACUCAUUAUUAAUGAUGUUCGAAUGUUUGUUUCAUCCACAUCACCAGCUUGACAGAAACUUCUAAGUAACUGAGACUUCACUUCCAACCAGUGUUGAGUAAAGGCAGCUCACAACAUUACAAGAUUACUGCCAUUAAAUAGAGAAAGCAGCGCGGUGCUGAAGUGAGAUGCUCUGUAUUCCCUGUUUCUCUUCUGCUGUCCUUUCUAAUAUGCCUUAAAAAUAACUUUAAAAAGUAAUUACUGAGACACGAGUAGAACAUAUAUAUAUUAAACUCAGAUCUGUUUCAUGAAGGGGAAAAUUUAAAAAAUAGCAGAAAAAGAUGUUUCCUGAGUGACAACAAUUAUUAACAAAAUAUGUGCUCACUCUGUCCCAGUGUUUUAAUAUAGAAGAGUGAACUCUAUAGGCAUUACCGGUGCAGCAUUAUUUCCCCCGUGACAAAGGGUUAACACAUAUUAUAAGUCUUAAAGUUUGCCUUUAAUCUACAGACGAAAAGAUGAAUAAUCUCUGCUGGCUGUGAUUCUGCAUUAGACUGAAAGCUUUUCUCAAACAACUGCUUUUACAUGUUUUUGUAGAGGUGCUGAGGCCAUUUUCCUUCAGUCCAUUAUGGCACAAUAUUUCUGACCUGUCCCUCCCCUCCACCACCUUAUCUCAUCUGCAUAUUCCUCAGACAGAUGGGGUAAUCAUUUUUCUCUUCAGCUUCUUUUACAGGCACAGAGAUGGCUAUAAAACACAUCUUUAGAGUUUAGUGCAGACUUGUCAUUAGUAUUCAUCCAGCUGAAAGAUAAAAAGAAGUUUGGACUGAACGAUAAAACUACCUCAAAGACAUUUUUAAGAGACAGCUCUGGAGGAGGAGGAGAAGACAACUAUUUGCUGUGUAGCACGAUGAUAACGUAACCAUGUAGAAAGUAAAUGUUCACUAAGACCUGCUCAACAAAAUAAGCUGCAGGGAAUAUUUUUACCUUCUUUUUCUUCAGUCACUAAGGAGACAAAACAGUUUUGACUGAUUUUCUGGAGUCUGCUGGACCAGCUCUUCAAAAGUUGUGUCUUCAUUUGGGAGUCCACAUUUUAAGCCAUACAUUGAAACAGUCAAGUUUUGUGGUUUAAGCUGUUCAUGAAGAAAUAAGGUCCGUCUUUUUUAUGGUAUGAUGCCCACACAACAGUAAAUGUUGUCACAGAAUUGACGCAGCUUGAAUUGUCCAAACACUAGGGGCCCUUCUCCUCUCAGCUAUCAUUCUUAAUUGCUAUGAACAUGCUAACAGAGUGAUAAAGCUUCUAUUAAUUUACUAACAGAUAAAAAGGUAAAAGAUAAAAAGGUAUGUAAAAUAUACGAAAGAGGAUUAGGGCUACAUGGAGAGAAAAAAAAUAAGUACAGGAAGGAGAUAAAGUCGAAAUUUUGAGAUUAAAGUUGAAAUUUUAAGAUAAAAAAAAAUCUUAAUUAAAUCAAUAAAGUCGAAAUUUCGAUAUCAAAAACUGAAAUUUCGCGAUAAAAGUUGACAUUUCGAGAUUACAAAAUGUCACGAAUAAUGCUGAAACAUUGAAAGAAAUCAAAAAAAUGAAGUUAAAGUCGAAAAUUUCAAGAAAUUUUGAGGUUAAAAAAAUAGUAAUUAUGUCAAUGAAGUAGAAAUUUCUACAUUGAAAUUUUGAGAUAAAAGUUCAAAUUUCAACAUUACAAAAUGUCCCAAAUAAUGCUGAAGGUUUGACAUUAAAAGAAAUAAACAUAUUGAAAUUAAAUUAAGAAUUUUGAGAUUAAAGUCGACAUGAAUAAAGUCAGAAUUUAAAUUAAGAAACUCUCCCUCCUGUAAUUAUUUUUUUCUCUUCUUGUGGCCCUGAUUCUCUUUCAUAAAAAUAUAAUAAAGCAUUAUACCGAGUUGAUAAUUAAAAAUACAACAAUGACAUUGAAUUAUGAAACCAUUUGCAACAAUGAGCAUUAAUUUAGCUGCACACUACCACUGAGCAGAUGAAAUCAUUAUUCCUGUUGAGCAAGAAAAGCAGGAUCACAGACCAGUCAUCAGAUAUUUCUAUUCUAUUCAUCAUGGAGAUCAACACAAAAUGCUGCCAACCCAUUUCGCAAAAUGUUGCACUGUGGAAACUGGUAAUCUACAGAGGACUUUAUACUCACCAAGAGCUGGGUGUAAGUUUAAAUUAAUCUUAUUUGCUUUAACAUAAAUACGUGCAAAAAUAUUGCUUUGUUAUUUCACCUCACAUUUGAUUAAAUGGAAGUUGAAAAUGUUUCGAGGGUUCAGUGUUUCAUUGGAUUCUUGUUCUACUAAUAACUGAUUUUUGUUUAAUCACAUUUUGAACUGGGUUGCUUCAUAUCCUGUAUCAAGGAGCACUGAGUAUCAAGGGUUUAUGUAGAAGAAGAUAAUGCUCCUUCUGUUUGUUAAAUGUUCAUUCUUACUGCAGCUGCCAUCUUUUAAUCUUCCAGAUGUCAUUUUAGUCGCAGGAUUGUUUAAUCCGCUGAGAAUGAAAGUGGCCUGUUGUGCUGUUUGGGCGAUAACUUGAUUGCACUAAGAAUCAAACUUACUUUGAUUUGAUUUCAUUUGUUUGUUGAUCCAACUCCAGAUAUAAGUGGGAGAACAGUGCGCCAACCUUUAUGCUAAUUCAACCCUAUGGUAGUUCAAAGCUCAUGCAUCACAAUGGAGGAGUUAGGGUUGCAUCGCUUGUUUUACAUGCAGUUCUGCACGUGACCCUUGCUGUCUUGAACUCUCGAAUGAAUCUGAUGCUCUGCCCCUGUGAUCUCUAUUGAUUUGUGGUUUUCUUUGCUUUUUCAUAGAUAUUGAGGCUUAAAUCUGGUCAGACGGACUCAUUAGCAAUUUGACACCUUCCAAACACUGCGCAUAAUUAUGUUUAUUGAUGUGAGGAUUACAGAAAAUAACAUGUUUGGUCCUUUGACCUUCUGUUUGCAUACUAAGAAAGAAAAGAAACCUUCUUGUCAGUGUCUCCGCUUUUCUACUUCACCUUACAUUCCCUCAGAGUGAAUAUGAAAGGAUUGUUUACGAACAUAAAUAUAGCUGUAGUGAAGGUCUUUUUGAGAUAAUUAGAGCAAAACUGACCGCAAGCUUGAUCACACACUUACAGACAGGCACACAAAGCUGCACAGACACACUUUACUUUGGUGACUGAUCUUAAGUGGGCCAAGCGGGCCUUUGAGGAAGAAGGAAGGAGGACAGAAAGAACAGACGCCAAAUGGGAAGGUGGAGUGGCCAGAGGGCGGACGUGACCGAGGAAAAGGUAGAAAAGAAAAAAGAGGAGGGAAAAAGAAAGACAAAGGAGGACAAAGUUUAUGAAGCCCCUUAAAAACACAAUGACUUUACAGGAUUCUCGCUCAUCUCACUCUUUGCCUUUAAACGUUUUCCUGUAAAAGUUCCUAUAUGACAUUGUCAUUGAUGACUCCUUUUAAAGGUUAUGAUUCUCAUUUUAAAAAGAAGUUCACCUCUGCGUGAAGUUACAAGGGUCCUGUCCCUGACGGAAAAGUUGGAUUCCAACCUCGCUCAACGAGUCUGAACUGUCUAACCUUUACAUGUGUGAAACUUGAAUGUAGAUAAUAAUAACCAGAUGAUAUGUCCAGAUGUUGUGUAUGGGAGAGUGCUGAAACAGUCCCCUCAUCUUAUUUUUAUCUGUAGACAGUGUGGUUACUCCAAUGAAUGGAUGCAAACCUUUCAGAAGCUGCGUUUCCAUGGACACAAAUAAUCGGAAUAAAUGCCCGAUCGGAAUACAAAUGUGUCAUGUAAACAUGUCGAUUGGAAGACUCUGAUCCAAUUUGCCUCAAUCAGAAAGAAAUUAUAUUCUGAUUGUUAUUCCGAAACGCGUCCAUGUAAACACUUAUUCCGACCGUGACUCUCUUACCUGACUCGAUCUUCACUCUUUAGCCUUUGGUUCAUUUAUUGAGGCCAGUUCAGGAGGUUUCAUUAUUAACACUCUAACACAGGUGCCGUGUCUGCUCCUCCGGUAACAUAACAAGGCGUACAUACUGCGUAAUGAUGUCACAUCUGCACGUACAGAGAAACCUUUGACAGAACAGUUAAAUAAGUACACAAGGGCGCCAUCUAGCGACAACAUUCAACAAGGUAAAACUCCUGAAUUGGGAACCGCGAUUUUUGGUUUGUUGACGGCACAGGCAUGAAUACAACUCUUCUUCUGUGGUUGUUUUAGCGAAAUUAGACAACUCUGCAAAUGUCCAAAUGCUUUAUAUUGAUUAUUAUUUGAUUUUGCGCCCGUAUGAACAGUGGAUUCAGAUUAUCCGAUCCCUCAAAUUUUUUAUCAGAUCAAGAAAUUUUGCACAUGUUAACAUAGCUAGUGAGUCUAUAGAUCAAUUGUUGAAACAAUACUCCCUAUGCUUUACCAGAUAUGACAGAUCAUGGCUAUAACUGUGAUUUAGCAGCUUUGACUCACCUUUAGCAAGAAAACCAACAGUACCUGUGUGAAUCUCAAAGUCAAAAUCAGGUUGACUGAGAAAAAUACUCCCUCUCACAUGUUAGCGUUCAAAAUCACAGGCAGUCAUGACUUCACAUAAAGCUGCACAGGUGGACAAAUGUCCCUCAGGUCUUGUCUUUCUCACUGAGCCUGCAUUUCAGAUUCAAAACUAGCAGUGUAUCACAGCAGUUAAACAAAAGGUGUUUGCUUAUAGUCCAGCACUGGGUCCUUUUUGGCCCAUCUUAAUGGCACAUCUUUAAUAAAUAUUUAUAGAGGGCUCCGGGGGAUAUUAAAAAACAUGACAUGCUAAGAUGGCUUUAUUCCCAUGAAGAUACAGAUCUGUGUCAAGGAAGGAAAAUGGAGAAAGAUGAGAGGAUGAAGGCGAGGUAGUCAUUUGGUUAGUGAUGGCAGGCCAACAGAUGACUUUGGCAAGGACGCGUUUGAUGGACGUGUAUUUAAACUUUGACUGCAGCAGCUAUAAAGGACAUACAUGAGGUGUUUCUUAUGAAGGAGUUAUAUUAAAGAAAAACAGCCGAGGAUUGUUUGAUAUAUAAAAGAGAUUUCUACAGUAGAUUUUGCCGCAGCUUAGAGCAGACACCUUCAAUCAUCCAGGAAGACAGUCUUGAACCAGCCUUUCACUGAAUUAUCAGCUUCGUGUCACCAGGAUUUUUCAACUUCUGUUUGAAGCAGUACAGCAGGUCAGUGCUGCACAUUUGCUAGUUAUAAAAGACAGAACCUUUAAUAUUUCUUUUUAUUUUAGCAAAUUUGAAAAUAGAUAUUUUCUAAUUCAUCUGAAUUUAGAUAUCAGUUCAUUUGGCAACACUUUGGUAAAGCAGAAAUGUGAGUUCACAAAGCCAGCUUCAUCUACAAAUUUACUUUGUUAGAUUAAUUUUAGUAUUUUAGCUACAGGUUGUACUUAGACAGACAGCUUUAAGGGUGCAUGUCUAGACUAUACACCUUGUAAAGCUCUCCUUUUUAAAUCUCCAGACUCCAAAAAUGUUACUUUUGUAAAACCUCAUCUAUGUGAGACUUCAGCAAGGCAGUUUCAAGAGAGUAACUAAGAGAGGCAAAGAGGCCAGGACACUGAUCUGCUGGUUUCUCUAAAAAGUCAUCUUCAGGGAUUCCCUCUUCCACGACCUCCAAAACCUUUGCAUGUGAGACUGCAGACUUUGCCUACUAGAAAGAAAACCAGCUACCAUCAAGGGAUCCACCUGGGCUUGAAUUGAAAGGCUUUAAUAUGAAGGUUUAUCAUACACAGCUUUUAAUGGGGCCAGCUACAUCCAGCCUUAGUCAUUUACAUACAUUUGCAUUAAUAUGCAGCGUAGGUAUUGACACAGUUUGAAGCCUUGAGCCACUAUACAGUCCAGACUAAAAACCCAAAGAGCCUUGACUCGACAUCCAAGUUUACAAAAGGGCAGAAUUAAAAGGGUUUUAUGCCCAGUAAAUUAAAAUUUACAAGAUUAAAAAAAAAAAAGCCACUGCCCUUUGCAAACUGAUCCAUUUAUCACAGUAUGGGAUCAUAACGGUCAAUAAGUGUGCGCAUUGACCAGAGUCAGGGCUUUUUAAAACCAGGGGACAAGGUUAGCAAGGUAUUUUCAAAAACCUUCAAUCGAGGUUCAAGUACUUUAUUAUAAUCAAUUAUAAAUAAAGACAAAUAAGAAAUAAUCAAUAAAAUGCUUUCCAAAAUGUGUUAUGAUGUUUGGAUCACUAUAGCAAAGAUUCUGGAUUCAGUCUUACUGGCUGAUAAGGUUCAUAAAGAUGAUGUACAUCUUCGGGACAUUCGUUUUAAAAAUGUGAUUUUACUUGUUUUUAUUUCUUUGGUGAUACAUAACAGAAAACAGAAAAGGUUAUUUUUCAAGGACGAAUAUCAGUUCAAAAGUUAAGACAUGUGCCUCAGUUAUGGGCUGGUUAUGAACUUAAGAAGUGGCUCAAGGUUGGGUUUGAGGUAGAAGUCACACAUAUUUUCUGGUUUAGGCUAGCAUCAAGCAAUUCAAGGCCUCCCCGAAGAGAUAGAAACUGCUUAGCAUGUAUAUAUGUAUACAUUUCAGAGAGAGAGAGAAAGGACAAAAACAGGGAACUGUCUCUGGCUCUUUAUAAUGUUCACUUGACAGGAAUGGUUUGGGCUUUUAAUUUGAAAGCUGCCAAGGGACACAGUGUCUGCUGUGCUGACGGCGGUAUGGACUUCAGCGUCAGGCUUCUACAAACAAACAAAAAAUGUGUCUAUGUAGCAGCUUUCCCACAAACAAGACCAUAACUGCAGGAACACGCCAAACCUGAUGUCAAACCACACCUUUAAUGAGACGCUUAAUGUGCAGAGCUGAGCAGAGUAUAACUUUAAUGAUGUUUUCCUCCUCCUGUGCCCGCCUUCCAUCUGUAACCUUGACUCAGGACAUGGAGUUGUACAUGAGUGCCUUUUUCCUCUUUGCAAUAAACUCUUUGCAUUGACCAAAAACAGAAUGGCAUUCAGUGGUUAUUAGCUUCUUCUUCUACAAAUUUAAUAUUCUGAACUUGUGUACAUUCCUGCAAAAACAUGUGCAGCACUUUCCUUUUAAAAUUUAUUAAAUUAUUAAGAUAACAUUUCCUCUUUUUACUCCCCCAUUUCUCUAUUCUUGCUCUGCGGUCUUAUUUUUUUUAUAGAUCUUACAACCUGAUGGUUAUCCUGAAUGUGUAUUUUACUUUUUUCAGAUGUGUCAUUAUCGAAGAAAACACUAUUUCUAUUACCUAAAUAGCACAUACUAUGUGUUUUGUACAUAGUUAUAUUUCUGCAUUCUGGAGGAGACCCAUUUUCUCCUUCAGAAUUAUAAGAUUUGUUAGGAGACUUUCUUGAACUCAGGACCUUAAAAGUGUUUGGAUCACAGUUUCAAAUGGGCCCAGUUUGAGUAAUUUGGACUACCUUCCCAUCUCCUGCAGUGACUCACUCCUCAAAACACCCGCCCCCCCGCGAUACCCAUUUAUUUUAUGUACUCCAUAUUGUCGCAUAAUAAUCUGAACCAGCCACUGCAAAGGCUUUUCAGACUUUGUGGUGCCGUGUGGUAUUUAAUGGCACUUAUUACGACCCUGCAGGAUUCAUUAAAAUUAAGAUGCAACUUUGAUUAUGUUUAACAUCUGCUUCAUAUUAAAAGAUGCGCUCCCAGGUCACAAAACCCUGGGGAUAUUCUCUCCCUUGAUGCUGAGAAGACAUUUGACCAGUUGAUAUGGAUUAAUUAAGGUCUUUGCUCCGCAACAUCUCGGCUUAAAUAAUAUCUAAUUUUCAUAAUUACGGUUUUUAAUAUCCUGUCUGCGGUUUAGUGCUGACAGGCUACGCAUGCUCGCUCAGGUCUUGAGACUCCGGCCUUUUUCUUUUAGGGUUGUCUUUUAUCUCCUCUACCAUUUCCCUUAUCUCUGAGGCCUAUUAUAAAAGAAGUGUGUGUCUGGGGGUGAACAGCCAAUCACAAUUUAUGAUACCUCCAAUUUUUUCUCUUAAUGCUGAUGACUCUUUGAGUUUUAUGAUAAAAAAUGAAGGCUACCAAUAGACUGCAUUUUAUGAUGGUGAUUAAUCCCUGAAUUUUCAAGACAUUAUCUCCACAAGUUUCAUAUGUAGUUGCAUGUUUAAAUUCCACUGUUUAUUUCAGUACAGUUUUUAUUAACAGGGUUUGAGUCCAUAUCAACAGAGCAGAGGUUAACCACUGACAUCAGCCUAACUGGCUGCUUCGCUUGUAGGAGGAAGCUCCAACUUGAAAUAUUUUGGUGAUGUUUUGCUUUUUCUUUGAUAGAAAGUACAUAUUACUUCAUAUUAUUCACUCAGGAUCACUUUCCUCAGAAGAAUGAUUAACUUGCAUGCAUUAGUUAUAUUUGACAGUAUGGUUGUGUUUGGUGGGCUCCUUGCCUUCCAUGAAAAGCCAAGGCAGAGAGAGCAGCAAUAGUGAAGACCCCCAGAGCUGACACCAGUGACAAGACUAGUAAGAUCAGACACAGUAUAAGUGAAGGUGGGUUAAAAAGUAGUUGCGGAGGAAGCAGCGAGAGAGGGCAGGCAGUGUAAAUGAAACGCCCUCGCUGACAUUUGCCAGUUGGAUUUGAGGAAGGUUAUCGGCUGAGCUAUCAGCUGAUAUGAGCUGGCAUGAUGAUCAGCUGAUUUACCGUGGGCUGAGCUUGACUUCUUGUCCUACCUGAACUACUGGCUAUGCUCAUUUUUUGUAGCUUUUUUAGAGUGCAGUGUGUGAUUCAAAAGCACAGUGGUGUUAUUACUUCUAUUGUGAUGGCAGCGGGACGUUUGAAGAUGCUGCAAAGACUUAAUGGUAACACUUUAUUUGAUGCCUUUCUCUUAAACACAUUAUAAAUAUAUUUAUAAUGCUUUAUAAUCACAUUAUAGCACUGUAUAACUAUAGCUAUAAACACUCAUAAAUGAUAAUAAUGCUUUAUAGCAAUAAUCAUAACACAUUAUAUAGCAUUUUAUCAUGACAUGACAGGUGUUAUAAUGUGUUAUAACUGUUUACAACAGUUGCAUUGCAUUAUCUAUGUGGGCAUUGUCAGUGAGUUGUUAACAGUUAUAACACAUUAUAAUACUUGACCUUGUAAGUCUUGAUAAAAUGCUUUAUAAUGUGUUAUGAUUACUGCUAUAAAGCAUUAUGAUCAUUUAUGAGUGUUUAUAACUAUAGUUAUACAGUGUUAUAACAUGAUUAUAACACAUUAUACAUAUAUUUAUAAUG